UCGAUUGUUUUAGUGGUGUUGUCGAACGUAGCUGAAGUUGUCAUUCUGUUAUUUCGUAUCAUUCGGGACGAAUUCAUGAUAAAAAUUUUCGAAAAAACAUACGAAACUAAUUGCUUUACGACGAAAAACACCGGUAAACUUGACUCAUUUAAAAAAUAAAGAUAAUUGCAAGACAUGGUAAAUGUAACAAAGGGCAUUUUGGUUGAAUGUGAUGCAGCUAUGAAACAGUUUCUUCUACAUUUGGACGAAACAUCUGCACUAGGAAGAAAGUUCAUAAUUCAAGAUCUGGAUGAGAAACAUCUAUUCAUAUCUGCUGACAUACUGGAAACUUUGCAAGCUAAAGUAGAUGAUUUAAUGGAUCAAAUAUCAUUCCCAUUGGCAGAGAAAGGUGUAUAAAAAAAACAACAAAAGCUUUUUGAG